AUGAAUCCUUAUUCCGAUAAGGAAUCAAAUUAUUCUAACUGCAAUAUCCUUCCUCCUGGUCUAAGUAGCCAUGAGGCUUGGUGGAACCUAGACAGUGAUGAUGAUUAUCUAAAUGAGAACAUCUAUGAAUUAACUCCAGAAAAGUCUAAAGAGAAAGAAGAUUUUUAUCUCAACAAAGUUGAGGAGAUUCCCUAUGAGUUAGACAUCGAUAAACUUAACUCGGAAGAUGAUAACUUAGAACUUAAAUUCUUAGGCUAUACUAUUGGUCCUGAUGGUAUCUCUACUAACCCUAAAAAGGUUCAUUCAGAAUUUUUCAAAAAUUGCUGCUCCACUCAAUCUCCUUUAAAGAAAAACACCAAGUACAAAUGCACUUCUAAACAGGAUGAAGCAUUUAAGAUUUUAAAAAGAAGACUCAUAUCAGCUCCUAUCUUCGCUUACCCAGAUUUUUUAAAGAAGUUUCUUCUUUUCACUGAUGCUUCUGGAUCUGCCCUUGGGGCUAUACUUUCUCAGAAAGAUAAUAAAAAUAGAGAAAGGGUCAUUUAUUAUGCUAGUAGAACCAUGACCAAUGUGGAGAAAAAUUACUCUGUUACUGAACAAGAAUGCCUGGCAGUCGGCUGGUUGAUUUCUAGUACCUCCACAGCUCUCAUUUCACUCUUAUCACCAAUCAUUCGGCUCUUAAGUCCUUACUGA